UGGCUGGGUAGCUGAGGAAGCAACCCGGAGGCGCCCUGCGUAGUCUGUGCGGACCGCCCAAGCCUGUCUUUUGGGAUAGUCUUCCUCAAACCCUGAACUGCGGGCCGGGCGGCUCGCUGCCUUGGACGCUCGGACUGCUCCGCCUUCUUCCGAGAGUUCGUGCGCGCCUUCCCCUGGGCCCGCGGCGGGGCGGAAGGCUAAGAGAAGCCCUGUGAGCAGGGACCGCCUCCGAGCCCGCCUCCGCCUCCGAGUCCCACCCGCCUCCGAGCCCGACCCCGGGAGCCCCGGCCCGGCUGAGCGAGACUGCGAGGCUUGGCUAGGAGGCUGCGCUCGUCCCCAGGUGCGCGGGUCCCCUGCCCGGGCGGACUCUCGGGGCGGCGAUCCCCGCCCUGCGCGUGACCUUGCUCCACGGCCGUGGGAGAUGUGCCUGUCUCUGGUUGAAGAACAAGUUUCUACCCAGAAAGAGCCCAGAACCAGACCGAAGAGGAGAUGGAUCAAAGGAUUCAGUCUGCAAAACACAAGACCCGGAAACAACGUGAAGAAGAAUUAAAGCCCAUAAAUCAAAAAGAAGAUGUGACAGCAUUAAAAGAACAAAUUUAUGAUUUAUCAGUGGAAAAUCAGAAGUUGAAGAAUGAGCUUUUAGAAGCACAAACAAAUAUAGCCUUUCUUCGAAGCAAACUCAGUGCUCUAAAAUGUGAUUAUGCUGACCAUAGUCUGAAUCCUAAAAGCCUGCCUCAAAGCUGCUUCAGGAGCCACUUGUACUCCGUGAGAGAGUCCAUCAAGUAUGACUCACAAAUGGAAUUCAAGCACCAGAGGGAAUUUCAAAGCUCGCAUGGGGGGCAGGAGAGUUCUGGGGGCGACGCUUCUGACACAGAUCAGGUUUUCCACCUGUGGGAUGAAGAAACAUCCGGUACCAAAGGUGCAGCUCCCAUUGUGGACUGGCAACCCCCUAGGUGUGUCAGUGGAGGCAGCACUGUCACCUCCUCCAGGAAACUCAUCCCUGCUCUCUCAUCCCAGGAAGACAAGAAGAGUGAAAACCCCAAAGCUUCCAGGUCACAGAAGGUAUACAAGAUUGUGCUUGCUGGGGAUGCUGCUGUGGGGAAGACCAGCUUCCUCAUGAGACUUUGCAAGAAUGAAUUUCGAGGAGACAUAAGUGCCACCGUAGGUGUUGAUUGUAAAAUGAAAACCCUCAUUGUAGAUGGGGAAGAGACGGUUCUGCAACUCUGGGACACAGCAGGGCUGGAGAGGUUUGGAAUUAUUUCGAAGUCUUACUUUAGAAAAGCAAGUGGCGUUCUGCUGCUGUACGAUGUUACAUGUGAGAGAAGCUUUCUUAAUGUACGAGAAUGGCUGACUAUGAUUGAGGAUGCAUCUACCCAGGUUGUUCCUAUCAUGUUGGUUGGAAACAAGUCUGAUCUACGAGCCACUGCUGCUUCGGAGGGACAGAAAUGCAUGCCAAGCCAUUUUGGAGAAAAUCUGGCCAGGACGUAUGGGGCCUUAUUCUGUGAAACAAGCGCCAAAGACGGUUCCAAUGUCGUGGAAACGGUCCUCCAUCUUGCUCGAGAAGUCAAGAAGAGAACUGAGGAGGAGGCCGACAGCAAGGCUAUCACUAUCCUGGCUGGGAUCAGCUCCAAAGAGUCAGCACAGAGGAAGAACUGUUGCAAUGCCUAAAUGCCGAAGCCCCUGGGCCCUGGUGUCUUGCAUUUCCAGAGCACUGAAUUUGUGACUUGUGUGGUCCUUAGUAAAGUGGUGCAUUCUACUGACCCUGGAGGUCGAAACUAUGGUCUCAGUUCCCCAGAACCUCAACCCUUCUUUAUUGUGAUCCUCCUUGAGUGCUUUGGGCUAUUAUUUAUUGGGUUGUAUGAGUUUAAAACAUUUCUUUUUGUUGAAAAUUGGAGCAAUUCUGUGUAGCUGUCAUUUCCUGUUUGUUAUUUGCCUGGUCAAACUUUAAAUUCCUCAAGCUUUAUUUUUUUUUUUCAAUGGAAAAUGACAGGGUAAAGAGCCACAACCUCAUUCAGCUUUUCAAAGCAUGCUUUCUUGCUAUUAGAGACAUUUAGUAUUUUUUUUGCAAGUUGAAUCCUCAGCAAUCAUAAAUUCUGGUUUUGCAUUUUAUGUUUUUGUUCCCUAAAAUAAAAAGGUUACAUUUCAGGCCAGAAAGCAUGCCUUGUUUGCGUGAAAUUGUCAAAAUAAAUGUGGGGUAGGAGCGAUUCUUCUUCUUGUAAUAUGUGGUAUCACAAAAACAAAGCUUUGCAUUUCUUAUUUGCUUCAGUGGUAUAUCCUGAGCUCAGAUGUGUUAAUAUAUGUUACUGUGUUAUUUAUUUCUUCAAAGUGUCUUGUUAUAUGUCUCACAAUCAUAGUGAUGGUUUCUAUGAGAUUUUGUUGUGUAUAAGAAAUUUCAUAUGUAUAGAUUAAGUAGGCCUCUGAGAACUGAAUAAUUGUUUUAUGAUUUUGAUUUAUAUGGUUUACAUUUUUGUAGUUUGGACCAUAUUUUAUUUAUAAUGUUUAUUUCUCUUCAAACCAUUAGUAAUUAUAUCACACAAUGUAAUUUUUACAGCAGUGCAAUUGUCUAAGGAACUACAAACAUUUUGUGCCUUGUAAAUUCAAUAAAAUAUGCUUCUUUGGGGU